AUGCUUCAGGCCGAGUUCGGGGCUAGAAGCUCGGGGCCGGAGCAGAUCCACGAUACGGCAAUAGUGACUGGUAUUAAUAGUGUAGGGCCAAGAUUGAGAAGCAAGGAGCGGCGAAAGGUUGCAUUUUGGCCGUGCUCUCAACAGUCUACUCAUCGUAUUCAUGCGAGAAUUACGCCCAUGUCGCACACAUAUGACGGCAGCAGACUAUCUAGUAGGUUUGCAAAUGACUGGUUAUUUAUGACCAACUUGAGUGUUUAUAUCAAAAAGCAGCCAACAUUCAAAAAGGCAAAGGCUGAACUACUAAUUCCGAACCCCAUGGAUGUCACAUCCCUCAACAAUGUGCAAAAUUGA